AUGGAUAAGGUUGCUGGCUUGCCAGGCAGCCAGUGUGACACAUUCUCUCCAGCAAUCCUGAACUCCCUGGGACAGAAGGCUCUCAGACUCUCAGUGCAGCAGAUUGAGAACUGCAUCCCUGGCAGCGUCCUGGCCUCUUCUCUGCCUUCCUUGAGCAAAGUUCAGGGCUGGGACCCUGAACAGGCUGGCACCAUCCUGGAGAAACUGUUCAGUUCUGGAUACCAGCUAAGAGUUUCCUAUUUACAGAUUCAGGAUGGCCAGAGCCUUGCAGCACUUGGGAGUUUGGUGGUUGGGUUGAGCCACACCAGCCUGGAAUCCAUACCUGCCCAGGUGGUCUUGGACGCUGUUAAAGUCCCAAGCUUUGCCAAGCAGCUGGAGACUAUGCCACCCACUGUGAAAACAGCAUUUGUGGAAAAGCUGGUUGCUGCUACAGCAGGAUUUAACGACCUGGUAAAAUACACCCCGGAUGGUCUGGUUCAAUAUAUACCAAAAUCGCUGCUGGUCCCUGGUGACACAUUCAACAUUCAAGAUCUCAAUGACAAGCCAUGGACCCCAGAACAGGCCGAGAUGUUGUUUUCUGAUAUAAUCAAGAGGGUCCCUGAAAUCCACAGCCUGUCCCCUUCCAUACUGCAAGGUGUUACUUGUGCAGUUGCUGCUAAUAUGGAUGAUGAGAGAUUCCAACAGCUACUCAGUGUUCUGGGGCAGAAGAACGUUCAGCUGAGCGAAGAACAGCUGAGCUGCUUAGCCAAGAAGGUACUGCUCAGUGGACCCCUAGAGGAUUUAAACAACUAUCCUAAAGACUUGUUUCUCUUUUUAAGGCCUUCAGACCUUGCAGCAGGUGAAAACUGCAAGGAGUAUGUCACUCGCGUCGGAAAAGCCAAUAUUGGUGUCCUGGAGAAAGAUUCCCCACAACGUAAACAGCUUCUGUCAGAGGGGUUAGCUUGCCUGGACAUCCAUGACCUGCAGGUAACUAAGGAAGAUGCGGCAAUUCUGGGCCACUUAGUCUGUGACCUUGGCGCAGACUACAUCACAGCAUCCGGCAACAAUUUCCUGACACAGUUAAAUCAGUGCCAGUCUUUCACACCUGAACAAAUCAAAGCAAUCCAAACUCUCCUCAGCAGUGGAAGAACCUCCUUUGGGCUUCCUUCAACAUGGUCACCUUCUACCCUGGAAGAAGUGAGUGGUUUGCUCCAUAUAUUUGAUCACAGCAUCUUACAAAGUAUUCCUGCAAAUGUAUUAAAGCCAUGGCUGAAAGACUUCUUACACCAUUCCCAUAUGCCAACAGAACAGCUGGCAUCUGUUGUGAAAAACCUCCAACCCUCCAGGCUGAAACGUAGUGAAGGGUGCCCAGCUGAUAAGACCAUAACACCGGAGGUGCUUGAUGAUGAGCUGAUGCCUCUUGAUUACAAUAACGAGGAAUUACGCCAGUGCUUGAAUGACACAACCCUGCAGGCCAAUCUCAACAAGAUCUCAAGUUAUGCUUUCACUGAGGAGCAGUUGCUGGUGCUUAAAGAAAAGCUGGACCGGAUCUAUCCUACUGGGUAUCCCGAUUCGGUUAUCCGUGACAUGGGAGGCAUCCUCAGCAUAAUGACUCCUGAGGAUAUUAAGAAAUGGAAGUUCAACUCACCAGACACCCUUAUUACUUUGCUGGACAACGCGCCCAAUGACGAAGUGGCCAGGGGGAUUAUUCAGGUAUAUGGCAAGGAUGGAGGCCGGUUUGAUGGCGCCGUUCUGGAUGCUGUUGGGGGACGUUACAUGUGCUCCUUGACCCAAGACCAGCUUAAAACGAUCACAGAGAACGCUAUCAAGAGUGCCAAGACCCUCAACAUUGGUGGGUGUCCUCAGACUACCAAGGUUAUCCUGUACCCAAAAGCCAAGAGGGCUUACUCUGACCGACACAACGAGUUCCCUGCUUACUAUAACCUCAUCAAGCCGUUCCUGGGAGGUGCUCCGGGUGACGAUUUGAGGGCGCUCAGCAAAAAUAAUGUCAACAUGGACAUCAACACUUUCAAGGGCUUGCGAAACGACGCCGUGAUGGAACUAACGCCCACCGAUGUCAGACACUUGCUGGGGAUAAAUUUAGAAGAGCUGAAGACUCAACAGAAUGAUCCCUUCAUAAGAGACUGGAUCGUGAAGCAGAAGCAGUCCGAGCUGGACAGCCUGGCCCUUGGGCUCCGAGGGGGAAUCCCUGACGGAUAUAUUGUUGUGCCUCGCGAAGAAAAGAACCAGACAUCCGGAGCGCCCCGUGCCGCCACCAUUGCCCAUCUCCUGCACCUCUUCCCUGCGUUCCUCCUGACUCUGUCGUUGGCUUCUUUCCUUUCAUGA